GGUAUCGCCGUCACCACCGGACGCACAACAAACGGUUGCCAUGUACACAUACCACGGUAUAAUGACGUAUAUUGGUGGGAUUGCGAGCACCCGAGGACAGCUGCUGGUCUAGGUCAAACACAACGUAUUUUUUUUUCCACCACGUUACCAUAUUGUUUGUAAAAUAUCGUUAGGUUACAAGGCGCUGGUCAAUUUCGCCCGAAAUGGCUCGGAGGACCGUCGAGAAUUUCAACGGAUUCGUGGCGGCGGCAACGGCUCGUCCGCCGACAAAGAAAUCCACCGCAAAACCAUCUGCGCCCAGCCGAGCCAGACCCGCAACGGUAACCGGCAAAAAGAACGUGUCAGCGGCCUCUGCUGCAGUGAAAAAUGCCGGCGUGACGUCGCUCGCGCCACCGACCAGAAACAAAGAUCAACAUAAAACCCUCCCAUUUACGAAAGUGGAAAAACCGCAACGAAAUAUUUCUACGAAAAAACUCUCAGCUGAUGUCAACAAUAAACACGUUAAAGUUAAUAUCAACCAAAAUGAAAAUAAAAUACAUAAAGAAGAAAAAGCGAUUGUUGUCAAAGUUGACAAUAGUGCUACAGUUCAAAGUAGUUCAUCAGACGUAUCAGAUAACCAAGAAUACGAAGAUGACUUUGAAGAUUAUGAAUCCGACUUUGAAUCUGAUACUUCAGUUGAUGCAUUGGUAGUUGGAUCGCCGUUGAAACCGACCGUGCUAAGCCAACCUAUAUCAAAUGACACUGUAAAUGUUAAGUUUGCAUUGCCCAUGUGUGUAGAAGAAAAAUUAGAACCAUUCUUGGAUGAGAAGUUUGAAGUCAACUCGUUAGAACAGACCAUUGAAAUGGGCUUAAACAACUUUAAAACUGCCGGAAAAAGAAAGCGAGAACAAGAAGUAAAGGAUAAAAUCCAAACUAGGGGAAAUAUUUUGAUGGAGAUGAUUAAGCUAGACACUGUUAGCUUUUCUCUGUUAGAAUUGCCAGCAAUACCUUAUGAACAGUAUAUAAAAAUGUAUGGACGUUCAAAUAUGACGCAGGUUCAAACACAAACUCACGAUGAAAAUGCAGAGAAAGAAGUACAAACUAAUGAAAGUGAUGUGGUCGAAAAAUGGACUCAACAUCCUAUUGCAUUGACAAAUGAAUUAGACUGUUCAUCGAUUGAAUAUUUAAGAGCAAAACUGGGUGUCGGCGGUAAUGAAUUACCUGAUGAUCAUCACCAAAGACGCAUGACCAUGGUAGAUUCCGACAGAGUAGUCGUGAUCGCCCGAAUGAUGUUAUCAAUGCUGGAACAGCAGUCAAUGGAUCGAGCUGAACAUAGACUAGUGGCUAAUGACUUUGACAUGGGCUUCAGCAACGGCCAUCUAAGCCCAGUAGUUUCCUCCUUGAAAUUUCUAGAAAAACGUCCAGUCACAUCCAUAGAAUUUUUGAGAAUUACGUCAAUUGUCGAAUCACUAGUUACAACGCAUGAAGUGAUGGAUUCGUUUAAUCAAUAUGUUAUCUGUAUCUGGAGUAUAUCAAUAACAGAACAUCCCGAGUAUAUUCUCAAGUGUCCUAAUCGUGUUACAUCAUUGUGCACUAUUUUUAAGUCAACCAUAGGAUUUGUUACAGCUGCACACGUGGAUGGGAGUAUAUGUGUGUGGGAUUUAAGAGGCCAAUUACAUCAUCAGCAAAUCAACGGUCUCCCCUGUCCAUUACGUUCACCAUCCUACAAUUCUGCGCUAUCGAUUGACCAUGGUCAUAUGUCUAAAAUCGUUGGCUUAAGCACGGUAACAUACAAAAAUGUAACGAACGAAAAAUUGCCAGACGAGCUUUGUAGUUUGGAUGAAGAUUUUGUGUUAAUUGUAUGGACAGUAAUGGAUAGUUGGGCAGACGCUUCUGAAGUUUCUGACCACAGGAGCGUAGGUACUGCGCCAUGGAGUUCUGUGAGAUUAGUAAAAAUGCAAACUUUCAAUGCUAAUAAAAAUGUUCCUAGAUACUUGUCUGACGGUGUUACGGCUACCUGUUUAUGCUUGAAUAACAAGCAGGACGCUUUUAUUGGCACUAAUUGUGGACUGGUUUUCCGGUACAAUAUAGGGGGGCACAAAGUAUGGCCAUCGUACUUUACCUACGAAAAUACAGCUGAACAUUUUUCAGUCAACUCAUUGGAUAUUUGCCCAUUCGACUUCAAUUUUUUUUUGGCCGCAUGUUCGAACAACGAAGUUAUUUUGUAUCGUUCCAGCCGUCGAGAAGCUCUGAGACGGUUAUUUGCUUCACCAGGAGAUGGAUCGGGUGCCCUAACGAGUAUCGUACAAGCUCGAUGGUGUGUCGAAUAUUCUGGAAUCGUUUUCGGGUUGGAUUCAUUAUCUAGCAUAAAUAUGUGGGACCUUUGCGACAACAUCACCACACCAAAAAUAUCAAUCCCGUUCCAAGGGAAGACUGUGACGGCCAUUUCAUUGACGUCAACGCCAACAAAUCUAAAUACCUUUUUGGGAUUAGCGUUUGUGGAUGGCAAAGUGGAAUUACAUCAGUUGAAGUUGGACAAAAGGAACGAGACAGCCGAUCGUUGCGAACAGCUCACUAGUUUUCUGGCCGGUCUAUAGUAGUGAACUGCUGCAAGCUUCUAACAUAAUAUAAACAUAAUGUGCCA